AUGGCUUACACGCAGAUAGUACCAUUAUCAAAUGAAACAACUUCAUCUUCAAACGGAACAUUGAAUAGCUUACUUUCUAAAUCGAUGUUGACGACAACCAAUUAUUCUUUAUCAUCUUUUCUAUUAUCAUUUUCAUCUGAUUUAAACUGUUUACCAUACACAAAUUCAACCGUCUAUGAUCAUUUAACUGGAAUACAACAACGUUUUAUCUAUCCGAUUUAUCUUGAACCAAAUGUUGCUGUCGUAUUUCAUAUCAAGUCACAAGCUCAAUUAAAAUCUGUAGCGAAAAAAUUGUUAUUUUUAAAAAAUAAAUAUCCUGUGCCGAUAGAAGUAUACAGUUUAAUUGGUAAUUAUUUCCGUAUCUUAGGCAACGUAUAUCAAUCAAUCGAAUGUUUUCGUUGUGGAUUGGCAAUAGAUCCCUACGCAUCACUCAUUCUAAUUAAUUUAGCUCGUAUUAUGUAUAAUUUAAAUCAUACAAAUGAUACUAUUUAUUUAAUUCAACAAUCUAUAGACAAUCGAUUAGAUCAUACGGCAACAUGGUUAGAACAUUAUGUACUGGGUCAAGCAUAUGAGAAAUUAAAACAGUAUUCACAUGCAUGUAAACAUUUUCAAUUCACUCUUAGUUUAAAAAAACAUUUUCAAUCUGCACUAAAUUAUAUUAAUCGACUAAAUUGUACUAAUAAUCGAAAUAUUAAGAAAAUUAUUCAACAACAACCUUAUAGAGAGAAUGAAAAAAAUCGAUCGUUUAUUUCCCUAGGUUUUCUUUUAAUGUUGACUUGUUUUUUAUGUUUCAUAUUAUUUACAUUUAUGUUAGAUAAUAUUAUCACGCUAACCAAUGAUGAGCAUCAUCAACAUCAACGUUUUCGAAGACGUUUUAAACGUAGUCUCGUUGUCAGAUCAUUGAAAAUAAAUGCACAAAGAUAA